AUGAAAACCGUUGAUAAGAUCUUUCUAAUUUACUUCAUCAGUCAUAUCCCCAUAACUAUAUUUAUGGACUCCACCAUAAUUGUCCCAAAGGAGUACCAAUUAGAACUAUCCAAAACACUUUUAGACUUUCAUAUCUCCGCCAACAAAGACAUCUUGUUGAUUCAUUCUCCAACAUGGUUUAAGUUGUUUGGUGUAGUUGAAUUAGUAUUCCAAUUACCCUUGUUCUUUUACUUUAUUUACAAGUUAUUGGUUGCCCCAGUCUUGGAUUCUGAUUACUUUAUCUGGACCAUUGUUUACGGAUUCAAUGCUAGCUUCACUACGUUUGUGUGUAUGGGCUGGAUCAUUAUCGAAGGACAAGACUUGGGAUUGAACUUGCAAGAAAUAGCUAACUUGUGUGCAAUUUACUCACCAUAUUUGAUUAUUCCCGCUUGGCUCUUACUAAACUCAAUUAGUCGAUUACGUAAAAUCAAAACAGAUUAG